AUGGCUUCCGAUCUUGCUCCAGAAGCGCAGCCCUUUCGCCUGCUCGACCUUCCGCCUGAAUUAAGGAAUCGCAUCUACGAGCUCAUGGUAGUUCCUGGAGAGAUUAUGCUGCGAUACUCCACCACUGAGGAACUCGAUCCUGAAGGCUGUUUGUACCAAUCUGAAGGAUCAGCUAACUCAGAGGGGUGGCCCGUGGACGGUCCCAUGCUCAACAUUUGCAAUGUAAACCGUCAAGUCCUCACUGAGGUACGCCCUAUCUUCUACAGCAAGACCCGCUUCUCAAUUGAUGUGCCAAGUCCGAUACCAAAACGCAAUUCUGUUGCUUUGGCAAAACGAUUCCUAGAGGAUCGACCGCAUGUGCUUGGACUAAUCCGGGAGUUCGAGUUCGAAGUAGAAGAAAGUUACUAUGAGAACGGUGAAGGGUAUCUGACCGGGGUAGAGCCUGGGGUCUUCGAAGAGCUUUGUCAUAUCUUGGCAACUCGAUGCCAUCUCCGGUAUUUACGCGUCGAGGUCUGGAGCUGGAUGCUAGGCAAUUGGCUGGGCUACCAAGAGUCCAUAAACAUACUCCGUCAGCCAGUAAUUCCGUAUGACAUUCCAGAGUGGAUGUUUCAACUCAGCGUGGUGAAGGAUCUGGAGGAACUUGACGUGUAUUUCCAGCAUGGAUCGCCCCACUUCGCCAGACGAAACAUCGCUGCUCUGAAGCUUCUGCGCUCUACUAUGGUGAACGGAGGUGAUGCGCUGGAACGGAUGGAUGGGAUCAAGCUACAGCUGAUGCACCCUCCAAACGACAACCAGAAUCACCAAAGAGUCCUAUGCUGCGAGCUAUGGAUCAAGAACGGGCAUUCUGAGCUGGGCCAGGAGAGAAGAGUCAGAGUGCAUCCGUACAGCUGGUGCAAACUAUGUGGCAUGUUUUUGAAGCGGAAUGGGUGUGAUUGCAGUCCCGAUACUGGUACAGAUCAUUGCCAUGUUGGCUCCAGUGGGCAUUAUCAACUUAUCGCCGCCACGGAUUUGGAAGUAUCGGACAGCGCCGACAUUGACAGGAGCUCAACCUACGCGAAUCGAGCUACCGUUGAUUUGGACCAUCUCUAUGGAUACAACAUCUGGGACAGCCGAAGGUGGGGAGGUGGACCGUUGAAGGACUUCCUUCCCAAGGGAGUGACAGAGAAAGAUUUCUACUAUGCCAAAUCAUUGGCGGAUGGCGGUGUCUUUAUUGCUCUUCCAGAUUACCAUCAUGGUAAGGAACUCGCUGAGAGCGAUUUUGGAGACACCGAUAGCCUGCUCAGCCUCCAUUGGAACGACGAAGAAGACAGGGUCGAAUACCAGAGAAGUUUGCUUUGA